UCCUCUGCCCCCCUCCCCUGUCCGGCCAUCUCGGGCUUCUCGCUCGUCAGAUCCGAGCGCACCGCAGAUAAGUUCGGCCGGCGACCUCCUCCUUCCAGCUCGCGGUUCGUUCCGGGAGCUCCUUUCUUCUCCCCGCGCUGUCGGCGCUUCAAAGCCACGCACAAAAGAUUCCGCUGCCUUCCAGUCCACUCCAUCCCCGAGAGAAAGCUCCCUUUCCCCCUUCCCACCCACCGCCACCACCACUCAGCAGGAGAGACCACUCACUCACCAGUAGUCACUAUUAACCCCUAAUCCCUCCGGUAAUCCCCGCCCGACCUGCGCCCAUGGCGUCCUCCCUCACGCCGCGAAGCCCCUACCCGAAGGAGAACCUGGGCAGCGCGCGCCGGGGGAUGGGGCUCAAGGCGCCGCCGCGCCGGAAUGUGCUCUCCGCGAUCAACACCGGCGGGGUCAACGGCUCGCCCGCGCCGUCCGAGGUCGGCUCCGAGGCGGGGGCGGCGGCGCCCGCGGUAGAGUUCAGCGGGAGGGAGGAUGUGGAGCGCCUGCUCGCCGAGAAGAUGAAGGGAAAGUCCAAGAACGACUACAAGGGGAGGACGGAGCAGAUGAGCGAGUACAUCAAGCGCCUCAGGGCCUGCAUCCGGUGGUACGUCGACCUGGAGGACGGCUACCUGGCCGAGCUGGAGAAGCUGCAGGGGCAGAUCGAUGCAGAGAAUACCAGGCACACAGAGUUUGAGGCUCAGCUCAGUGAUGCAUUUCAAGAGCUCAUAGCUGCGAACCUAGAGAUGACAACACGGUGCAAUUCACUGGAGGAAAGCUUCAACAAGGAGAAGGCUGACAGGCUGGUUGCCGAAGAGUCUUAUGACAAGGAAAGGCAGGAAAGGGAGUCGGCGGAGGCUUCACGGGACGUACUCAUGGUUGACCUUGAAAGGGUUACUCAUGAGGCAAAGCGGUUUAGUGAGCAGCUGAAAAUGGUCCAAGACACGAAUAAAAGGCUUCAGGAGUACAAUGCCAGCUUGCAGCUAUACAACAGUAAUCUUCAAGCUGAUACAUCAAAGAAUGGCGAAACCAUUUCAAAGUUGCAAAGGGAAAAGAGCGCAAUGAUGGAAGCCAUGACUAAUUUGAAAGAUCUCAACAACUCAAUCAAGAACCAGUUGGAUUCUUCAAUGACUUCCCAGAAAGAAGCAAUUAGAGUGAAAGAAGAACUUAGAAAAGAAGUAGAGUGCCUCAGAACCGACUUACAACAAGUUAGAGAUGAUCGCGAUCAGUCCGUUGCUCAAGUGAAUACCUUGACAGCUGAGCUAGCUAUGUACAGCGAACAGGCUAGAACAUCUUCAAAAGACUGCGCGGUUUUGAGUUCAAAAGUGUCAGCCUUUGAGGAAACAUGCAGUUCACAGCAAAAACAAAUUGAAACAUUGCAGAAGCACCUUGCAGAUGCCACUGAGAAGCUCAAGCAUGCUGAUGUGACUGCAAUCGAGGCGAUGACUGGAUAUGAAGAACAGAAAGGGACAAUUAAAGAUCUGGAAGAGCGUUUGGCAUAUGCAGAGUUUCAAAUCAUUGAAGCUGACAAGCUACGAAAGAAGUUGCACAAUACCAUAUUGGAACUAAAAGGGAAUAUUAGGGUAUUUUGUAGGGUUCGACCCCUUCUGUCUGAUGGUGAUUCUAAGAGUCAGGAAGAAGCCCUGAUUUCUUAUCCAUCAUCAGUGGAAAAUGCUGGGCGUGGUAUCGAGUUAAUUAAUCAAGGUCAAAAAUGUUCUUUUUCGUAUGACAAGGUUUUCAGUCAUAGUGCUUCACAAGAUGAUGUGUUUGUGGAAAUGUCGCAGCUUGUUCAAAGUGCACUUGAUGGAUACAAGGUAUGCAUAUUUGCAUAUGGCCAAACAGGAUCUGGUAAAACGUAUACGAUGAUGGGUAAGCCAGGGCGUGAACAGAAGGGCAUUAUACCUCGAUCUUUGGAGCAAAUUUUCAAGACUAGCCAAUCUCUGGAGUCUCAAGGAUGGAAGUAUUGUAUGCAGGCAUCAAUGUUGGAAAUAUAUAAUGAGACAAUCCGUGACUUGUUAGCACCAGGGCGCUCAAACAGUGUUGAGAUGUCUGCCGGUAAACAAUACACCAUCAAGCAUGAUGCUCAGGGAAACACAACAGUCUCCGAUCUUACAACUGCUGAUGUUUUCAGUACUGCUGAUGUGACGUCUCUCCUAGAGAAAGCCUCUCAUAGCAGAUCUGUCGGUAGGACCCAAAUGAAUGAGCAAUCUUCUCGGAGUCAUUUUGUUUUCACUCUAAAGAUAUUUGGAUCAAAUGAGAGCACUGGCCAACAAGUACAAGGCGUGCUUAAUUUGAUUGAUUUGGCCGGGAGUGAACGUCUUGCUAAAAGCGGCUCAACAGGUGAUCGAUUGAAGGAAACACAGGCAAUCAACAAGAGCCUGUCAGCUCUCAGCGAUGUUAUCUUUGCGAUCGCGAAAAAUGAUGACCAUGUGCCCUUCAGAAACUCGAAACUUACAUACCUCUUGCAGCCUUGCCUCGGCGGGGACUCGAAGACGCUCAUGUUCGUCAACAUCGCGCCGGAGGCUUCCUCAGUCAAUGAGACGGUCUGCUCUCUGAGGUUCGCCUCCAGGGUGAACGCCUGCGAGAUCGGGGUCGCAAGACGGCAAACGCAGGCCCGAUCCUCGGACUCGAGGCUGAGCUACGGGUGAAGUGUGUUGAUGGUCAUCGUAACGUGAUACCUAAUGAGAUAAUGUGAUGCAUAAUGAGUCGGCUUGUUGGCUCACUUGGCCACGAGCUGGCGACGCGCACAGCGGCUGGCCUCUUGUAACAUGUACAGUAGGGAGAGUGCCAGAGCAUGCGCCGUGGCGGUGAGAGAGCAGGAGAGGAGAGCCUGAUCCCUGCCACGUUUUCCCUUGUAGCUGAUUUGAGAUUUUGGGUAAUGUUAACUGGAGCUGUAUUCUUUCUUGAUUGACUGCGUGCAGAAGCAGCGACUCUUCUGAAUUAGUAGUGUAUCUUUUGCCGGGCAGAGAGCUCCAGGGUAUCAUGAAUGAAUUGAUGAUCCUGCGGUGGUCGGCUGGGUAACCUUUUCAUACAAUAUAUGGUGCUGCGUUUUCA